AUGUUGUCGUCAGACGGGUGGACAAACCAAAUUUACGCCAAGUGUGGGGACGACUGUGCAGUUCAGAUCCAGUUCGAUGUUGCAAAGUGGAUCUUUGUUGGCUGUAUUAUUUUUUCGUUCCUCCUGUUGGCAUACGAGGCAUACAAAGCGAAAAAGAUUAUUGCCAGUCGUGAUAUUUCCUAUGCAUUUACCAAUGUCAUGGCCAACACAUACUACAGUCUUCGCUCAUACGAUCACUACUGCUUCUUCUGUCAGAUUGAAAACUCUACAAAGAAGAAAGACGACUUUGCGUUCUUCAUCUUCUUUACUUUCAAAGGUUGGAAGCGUCUUUUACUCGCUGAUGGUCCCCGUCAGUCUAUCAAUGGUCUGAUCCUCUACUCGUUUUGGAGAGUCAACAAUGGAUCUUUCAAUUUUGAAGAUUACGUCUACUCUAACGAUCCUCUGACAUCCGCACUUUUCUUCACAAUGUUGUUCACAGUGCUCGUCUUUGCCGGCAGUGUCUUGCUGCUGAUUGUUGCGGCCAUCUGCUACGUUCCAUUGCUCUGUUACAUCCAAGGAAAUUUGAAGGAAUACUGUUGCCAUAAAGUCGACAAGCGUAUUGCCGAGCUAAUCAAGAGGAAGAAUAAACUCAGGUUACGCAAACAAGCGCAACUUGCUCGCAAAGAAGCAGCUGGUGACUUUUCCCAUCUCAAGGACAAAAACGGCCAAAUUGUUGCACCGACUCAACCUACACUACCGGAUAUUGAUGUUGAUGAUGAGCCGACACCUACUCUUCCCAUGCGCCGAGGUCUCCAGCCUCCUUAUGCCGGAGGAGAUCAAUACUGGGGUCAUGAACCAAAGGGAGCGGACGGAUAUUCCAUGUACUCUGGAUAUGCUCCUCCAGCCCAACCUUACUUCCAUGGGACUCACAAUGGGCGCCCAGACUCGUACUAUGAUGGCGCAAGCGAUUACGGCUCGACAGCUCACCUUGCUCCGGGUUACGGGCAGAUUCCGCCCGUCCCGAUGGGCGAUCCCCGGAUGCACUCUCCGGGAAGUGCGGUCGGACCAGGCUUCUACCACAACGAUCCCCGGUACGCGUAUCCCCAAGAACACGGGCAGUAUCACCAGGAGCAGUAUAUGCAAACCCAGGCUCCUCAAUACCAGGCUGGCGAUCGCCGAUCGCACGGAAGUGGUCUCGCUUAUGACGAGCCCGAUAGAAAACCGGACGGGUAUAACCAGUCCCAGAGCGGAUUACCGGCCUAUGAUAAUAAUCGGGGUGGGAAGGACGGAUACGGAGGAGGGUAUGCAAUGUGA